AAACAACAACAACGGUUUCUCAAUAUGUUGCGGAAUUUUCACGCUAAUAAUAUAACGUGUGUGCUGAAUUUUCACGCUAAUACGGUUACUAUAUAAACAAGAAAUCACGCUCGAUUCAUUUCAAUUCAUGCCCACUGAGAUUGCAUUUGCUUGAUCAGAAGAAUCAAGGCAAAAGUUUCAUUAGGGAGUAAUAAACUAGCUACAAAAAUGGUGGCAUUUGGUUCACAAACUUCCAUGUCUAAUGGUACUUCUUCCACUGGUGUAUUUCGUGCACCACAAGCCUCUUAUCCCUGCCCUUCAACUCCGGGAUUCGGUUGUUGUUCGCCAUCAUCACCAAUUGGUAGAUCAUCCUUAUAUGGUCAGAAGACUGGUUUUGGACGUUUUGCCUCAACUGAUACUCAAACAAGUCUAUUUGGAGGUGCCACUCAACCAUCACAACCAGCUUUUGGAAGCAGUUCCUCAACACCUUUUGGUGCAUCAACUGGCACACCUGCAUUUGGAGCAACGAGCACCCCCGCUUUUGGUGUAACUAGCACCCCUGCAUUUGGGUCAACCUCAAGCCCAACUUUUGGUAACAAUGGGAAUGCAUUUGGUGUGCCAAGUGCUCCUGUGUUCGGAGGUGGGGGAGCAUUUAGGGCGUCAAGUAACCCUCUGCUUACAUCUGCAUUUUACAUCCCUCCGUUUGGUUGUUCAAGUACGUCUGCAUUUAGCACUUCAAGAAGUACUCCAUUUGGGGUCUCUAUAGCUAGUACUCCUGCUUGUGGUGCUUCUAGUACCCCUGCCUGUGGUGCUUGUAGUACCCCUGCUAAUGGUGCUUCUAGUACCCCUUCUUUUAGUUUUGGCCCCACAAAAGCUUUUGGUCAGUCUAGUUCUACAUUUGGUAGUAGCAGCCCAUUUGGGAGUACAACCUCACCCUUUGGAGGUCAGAGUUCUGCAUUUGGAUCUCCAGCUCCAACUCCGGCUUUUGGAAGUACUGGUUUUGGACACCAACCGGGUGGAAGUGGAGUAGCUAGUUACUCAGCAACAACUGAAGCAGAUUCUGGAACCUUCGGACAAACCGCAAAAUUCGAGUCCAUAUCAGCCAUGCCUGUUUACAAAGAUAAAAGCCUAGAGGAGCUAAGAUGGGAGGACUAUCAAUUGGGAGAUAAAGGUGGACCACUACCCUCUGCUCACUCAACUGGUAUGGCAGCCUUUAGUUCAUCUACAAUACAAACAAGCCCCUUUUCUCCUUCACAAGUGUUUGGUCAAACAUCAACCAAUCCUAGUUCUAACCCAUUUGCUCAGCGGCCACAGAAUUCUCUUUUUUCUACUCCAACAUCUGGUGGAACUUCAGCUGCUCAUUUCUUCAAACCAUCAGACCCAAUUUUUUUUGGCUAUCCUCAGCCAUCCUUUAUCCCUGCAGCCCCUACAAAUGCACAGCCAACUUCUACUUUUGGACAGAAUACCCCCUUUGGGCAGACUGCAUCUUUUGGUCAAUCAAACUUGUUCAACUCACCAGUGUCAGGGCUUGCUGGAAAUAUUUUUUCAACCAGUCCGUCACUCACUUCUACAGCGCAACCCAUCUCAACACCUUUCCAAUUCCAACCUCCACAAGUUGCUCCUUCAAGUGGUACAUUUGGCUUUAGCAACUUUGGCCAGACACAACCUGUAUUUGGUGGAAGUUGCUGCAAUUGCACACGAGGAAUGUUUGGCCAGAAUAAUGGUGGCACUCCAGGAAUGUUUGGUCAGAAUAAUGGUGGCACUCCAGGAAUGUUUGCUCAGAAUAAUGGUGGCACUCCAGGAAUGUUUGCUCAGAAUAAUUUUGCAUUUCCGUCUUCUCGCCAGAGUUCUAUGGUUGCACAACCAGCACCUGCUACAGAUCCAUUGGCAGCACUUCGUGCUUUGCAAGCUUCUUUUGCUGAUCUUUCUAUUUUUUGUGUUGUUCGUUUGUAGCAUUUUUCUUCUUGACAUCAACUCCUUCAGCAUAUUGCUUUGUGCAAAGUCCAAUUGAGAAUAUACUUUUGUCCGUUUCUUUUUAUUGCUUUUAGUUUUUGGACAAACUUUUUAUUGCUUUGUGGGUAGUCCAAGUUUUGAUUAAUUCACACCUUACUUUCUCUUCAA